UAUUGCAAGUUAAAAUGUGCCAUAACAUUGAGAAAUGCAUGUGAACAGAACCUGCCAAGUUUAUUAUCUAGCUAUAGAAGACUAGCUAUGAUCUCGCUGAAUGAAGAAGGAAAUGAGGAGGCAACAGAAACAGAGAAGCAGCCAGAACCAUCGGAGACUGAAAAGCCUCUGGAGGAACAGAAGGCUGAGCCUGCAGAGAUAGCCAUUGAAGAUGCACCGGAACCAGAGACCAAAACCAAACAACCAUCUGAAGAAAAAGUUACAGAAGAAGUGAAGGAAGUUGCUGAAGCAGCAACGGAGGAAGUGAAAGGAACCGUCGCAGAAAAUAGUGCAGAAGAAGGUAAAGAUGUUGAAGUGAAGGGAGGCGCUGCUGAAGGGCAUGCCAAAGUAUGAUGAAGAGAGUGUCAGCCGUUUGACCGUUUAAGAGGACUUUGUUUUAAUGCCGUUUCGUUAAUUAAUUAAUUUUCUCUAUCUCUGUUUUUGUUUCUUCAUUUGAAUUCCCAUAUUUUUCAACUUUCUCAGUGUCGGGACAUACGUCGGACAUUUUAGAUUGAAUAUACGAGUAUAGAUUGUUCCUUUUAGUGCAGAAGGAGGAAAUG